UCGAAAGUAGACGGAUUUUUCACCUGGCUGAAGGUUUAUGUUUGUUUUAUUAAUUAAUAGGGCUAUAAAAUAAUUAGAAAACUAUGGCUACCGGAGGAAUUGAUGAUAACAUUCAGGAAUAUGGUAGUGACGCCGUCGGUGGAAGAAUCGGAAGUAAGUGUGAUCCUUGUCGUCAUCGGGACAGGUCAGAGGUGGCUUCGUUGUUUUGUAAAACAUGCAAAAUAUAUAUGUGCGAUGACUGCUGUGAUGUACACAAGGUGCACAUGAAAAACGUAGAUGGACAUCAUAUUGUGGCUGCACUAGACGCAUGUGUCAAGCCAAAUGUCGAUAUGAGGGGACUGGAUCAGUGUUGCGAACAUAAACGAGCGUUCAUGUUCUACUGUGAAGAUCAUAGCGAUUUAUGCUGUGAGAUAUGUGCAAUUGCCUACCAUCGAAAAUGCGACGACGUCCACGAAAUAGCGAAGGUGGCUAAGAAUGUGAAAGAUGAUGAAAGGGAAAAGAUCCGUGCAUCUUUUAUUACUGCCUCAGAAGUUAUAAUGAAAUGCGAGGAGGAUCAAUUGAACAACGUUUCGCGAGUAGAAGAAAUCGUAAAAGAAAUUGACAUCUACAAGGAAGACUUAUUUACGAAAAUUGAGGAAGCCAAGGCGCGAAUUGUCAGCGAAAUGGCUAACCAUAACACACAGGAAGACAAACAUCUUAAUACGAGGAGAAAUGUGGCUGAAAACCUGAAAAAAGAACUUGACACGCACUUGGCAAUGUCAGAUAACGUUCGCGAGAAUGGAACGGAAACGGAAAUAUUCAUUCUUAACCACAUUCUUAAAAAGACUCAAGACAAGGCAUCACAAACACUAAACACUUUGUUGAAGAAUGAUUACACCGUAAAAGUGGGACUGAAAAUAGACGAAAACAUUUUAAAAAUAAAAACUACUGAUGUUCCAUUAUUUUCAUUAAAUAAAACACAAGUGCCCAAAACACAAUCCUUUCAUGACGAGGAUUUAAUAUCUACAAAGGUGAACACAGUCCAACAAAGGCCGGUGAGUCUGGAGCUGGUGAAGACCCUGGAUCUCGUGAAUACAGGAGACGACAAGAUAAAGCCGUAUGUUACUGGGCUGGACUUCCUGCCAGACGGGAGGAUCGUCGCCGUGGAUAACUGGAACUGGAAAUGUUUUAUCUUGAGUGACACAUUGAAGAGGUUCGACUCAUUUUAUAAAUUUAAGACUAAUCCUAGGGACGUAACGUCGUACUCUGAUAACAAUAUUGCAGUAACCGUCAGUGGCGUAGAUAUCCAAACCAUCUGCCUGCUGACAGUAGGCACUGACAACUCGAUCACGCUGAUGAAGACACUGAACACGUCCACCAAUUGCUGCUCCAUCUGUCCCCUAGACGGCCGCACGUUCGUAGUGAGCACUUAUAUUGACCUGCGGCCUGCCAGGGUGAUAGACGUGGACGGCAAGGAGAGCGACUUUGAUAACAUGAAGUUUCCUGGAAAGAUGUAUAAGCAUGGUAAAUGUACCUACAUACGAUCCCGGGAUGUUCUUGUCCUUACUGACAAGCAUGCUCACACCGUUUAUAUGUACAACACGGCGACCGGCAAGAUCAGCGAGGUAAACGAUGGCCGUAUACGAAAACCGAGAGACACAUGUGCUGGCCCAGAUGAAUCCGUAUUUGUUUGCAGUGGAAACACAAACUCCGUCGUCCAGAUAGCGCCCGACGGAGACAUAUUGGCGUCAUGUGACAUCGACAUGGGGUAUCCGUACGCCGUUGCCGUCUCCAGGGAUGGCUCGAAAUUGGCCGUGACUAACAGUGCGGUUGGCGUGGGACAACUGAAACUCUUUAGAAUAAAACAAUAAAAGUGUUCUGGUCAAGAUCGGAUAAAGAUACAAGUGUUUUAUAAAAUUAAGUAUGAAAGUAAAUAUAACUUUCUCUUUGAAAAUAAUUUAUUAAUAGUUUGUAAAUAAGUUCUUGUAACAAUGCAUUUUUGAAACAAGGACCAGUAUUUGUUUUGUAUUGAUAUGUUUAUAAAGUAAAUAUGUUUUUUUUAAAUAGAAUUGGUUUAAGAGAGAUGAAAUACAUUUAAGGAAUGAAAAUCGUAUUUACUUACGAACACAAUUCCCAAGAUUCUUAUGAAACGCCUUCCUGAGUAUUCUAUUUACUGAAGUGUAUUAUUUUAAUCACCAUGGUUGUGGGUACAUUACUUAUUAUAGAAUUCCAGAUUAUUGAGUUAAUUGUAAUAAUAUAAUGUCAAACAAGCCAUUUAAUAUUGUCCAUUUAACGAAUUCUGCACAGUACAAUAUCCUAAGCCUAUAUAUUUUAUAAAGUUUUAAGUUAUUAGAACCUAACCUCAAAAAAUAGUUAUUACUAACUAGAACAUUUACAGUGUAUCAUUGUUACAACAUAAUGCAGUUAAUCAUCAAACCCUUUCGCAUCACUUUCCGUGCGUUAUCAUGCUGCUGAUGAUGAUGAUGUUGUUGUUGUUGCUGCUGCUGCUGCUGCAACUGAUGAUGAUGAUGAUGGUGCCGGUGGUUAUCGUGGGCUUUUUUCCUAAUUUCGACUCCCGUAAAGCUUCCCGCCAGUAACAGGUUUUUUGCUUCUCUAUUUUAUUAUUUCUUGCUUAAGUGUAAAUAGGAUGUCUGAUAAACAGUUACUCUUUUUACAUUUAAUAUUGUUUUUAUCAUGCUUAUAAAUUUAUUUAGUUACCUAAGAUUAAUUACAAGACUGUUUGCUUUGAUUAAUAUUGAAGUUUUGGAAAUAGAAAAUUGUACAUGAUUUUUGAAUUGUUUCCUUGUGUUGCGAUUAAAAAAAUGUUUCUCGU